AGAUAGAUAGUAUGGCUGGCCUUGGUCAUGACGAAUCUACGAAAAAAUUGGAGAUCGCAGAAAAACCCGAAUACUCCAGCCAACAGAGAACUUUGGCAAGUGUCGAUAGACUAGGACAGAGUCAAGGUCUGAAAAGACCUCCUCCGCCUCCUAGUGUUCUUGAAACAAAUCUUGAGUUGUUGAGGUCUGCAGCGUUAAGCUCAUCUCCUGUAGCUGCGAAGAGACCCCGAUCUUGUGGUAUAAACCGAUCCCGGCCUCAAAUUAAAUCUCUGGCUGUUUAUAAAAAUCCGAUGGAGUUCUUCAAUCACAUAUUUGCCGGCAGCCUACCCACGUUCAAUUUCGAAGAUUUCAAAGCACCAGGAGCUACGUCACCCACUUUUAAGGCUUGGGUUGUUGUGAAUGGGUGUAAAUACGAAGGGAGUGGAAGUAACAAGAAAGACGCCAAACAGGUGUGUGCAUAUGACUACAUCAGAUCCGAGCACAGCAGUCAGCUGGCUGAAAGUUUGAUGAAUCUGUACCGCAAUCAGAAUUCAGGGCAAAAUACUACGUCGCCAGUUGUAAACACCGCCAGAGAUCUCAAUCAUUUGGCCAACUAUUCGCCAGAAACCACUCAUUUAGGGCUCAACGAAGGCGAAGAGAAGACUGCAUAUCUCUUUCGGCUGUUUGGCGAGUAUAGUUUUUUAAACUUAGAAGUGUCAUUAAAAACAUGCGAUACUUUAUUUUUUGUGUCAUAAUUCGUUUCUUAUUCAGGUAGCAAGUUGGUGUUUUCUGACCCAAAGACAACCAGGACACGUCAUGGACAAAUAGUGUCCAUUAACCUCUUUAUCCAAGGCUUGCCAGAGAGUGGCUUGUUCAAAGGUGAGGGCCCAACUGUGGAAGAUGCCCAAGAACAUGCUUCAGCAUUGGCUAUGAGAAUGUUGAAGAAGUAUCCGAAGAUUGUACAACAGUUGGAGGAACAGGCUUCAAAUAAAGCGGCAUCGUAUAAUUUCGCAACAGAUGUGACAGAGGAGGCUUAUUGGGCUGGUGAUCUGAACACUUGUGGGAACCAGACUCUUCUGAAGACUGCAGCACCCCAAUAUAAACUAAGCCAGCUGCCUCCUAAAGCUCCAAAAGCGGAGGCUCUUGAGGCAAGACUGAAAGAACCUAACUCGAAUCCAGUGAUGGUUCUCAAUGAAAUUGCUGGACCAGCUGUUCAGUUCUACUUCAUAGAAGAAAGGGGAGAGAAGCAGCAGAAAGAGUUUGUGCUUAAGGCCCUGUUCAAUGGGGAGGAGCACUUCGCCACUGGACGCAGCAAGAAGGAUGCUAAGUUCAAGGCGGCCUGUGCCAUUCUGCAGAAGCACUUUGGAGUCAUGAACCCGGCCAAUGUGUCCAACACCAGUGUCGUGGGGGAUGAGGCGCCUAAUGGGGAUACGAAUGCAAUCACACACUUUGAGUUUGCGAACCAGAUGCAGAAGUUGGUGAAGGAUAAGUUCAUGGAGUUGACUGUGCGCAGUGGGAGUAAUUAUAACAAGUACAAAGUGAUAGCUGGGAUUGUGAUGACGACGAACGAACAAUGGGACGACUACCAGCUCAUAUCUGUCACUACAGGUACAAAAACGAUCAAGGGGGAGAACUUGAGCAUGUCGGGUACAGUAUUACACGAUUGUCACGCGGAGAUCCUUUCGAAGAGAUGUCUGCGCAAGUUCCUCUACUCGCAACUGAACAGCGUCGUCUCCUCAGGGUCGACAGAGGGUUCGAUCUUGGAAGAAAUAAUCAUACAAAAUAAGUCAUGCGGCUACAGAGUGAAGUCAGGUGUUCGCUUUCACUUGUACAUCAACACGACGCCGUGUGGUGACGCCAGGAUCUUCUCUCCCCACGAAGUGGACCAGGGCAACGAUGCCCACCCAGACAGGAAGAACAGGGGACUCAUCAGAGUCAAAAUCGAGGCGGGGGAGGGAACAAUUCCGUCGACGAAUGAGGACUUCGGAACUCAGACAUUCGACGGAGUGUUGGCUGGAGAGAGACUCUUGAAUUUGUCCUGCUCUGACAAAGUGCUGCGGAUGAAUGUGCUCGGCAUGCAAGGAGGAUUGCUCAGUUGGUUCUUAGAGCCAGUGUAUUUGUCAUCCAUUGUCAUCGGAAGUUUCUACCACGCCGACCACUUGGAAAGAGCUGUCAUUUCAAGAUUCAAAGAGUCUUCAGAAAAUGAUAAGAAACUGGCGGCUCCCUUCCGUCUGUCCAGGCCCAUGCUGUGCAGUGUGGACAUCCAGGAGGCCAGACAGGCUUCCAAGUCUCUGCCCUACUCCAUGAACUGGACUUGCGUGGAUGGGGACGCUAUGGAGAUUGUCGAUACUUCCACGGGAAAGUUAAUCGAAACUUCCGUGGUGUCCUCUAUUUCGAAACAGUCUAUGUUCGGAGAGUUCAAAGCUCUUCUUCAAACUGAAAUCUCAGUUCGAAACACAGCAGCCGUCAGCAACGACAAGGAGCCGAGGACGUACAGGGAGUGCAAAUCACACAGUACGGACUACAUUAAAUCUAAGAAGGAGUUCAUUCGCAGUCUGCAACAGAGCGAAUUGGGACAAUGGUUGACCAAACCUCAAGAGGUGGAUAGUUUCACCUGAAAAUGGAAGGAAAAAUGUAAUGUUGGCGAAGAAGAUUACGAAAGAGAAUCUUUUGAACGAAAAAACUCAAAUUUUAUUUGAAUUUUUAAUCUGAGAACUGCGAACUUUUAUUGUUUUUUUUUUCUGUAAAUAACAUUGGAAUGCUGUUUGAUGUUAACUAAAUUGGCAAGUAAUUGAAUUUAAUAGGCAUGGAAAUUGAAUUUUGACUUAAUA